CAAUGUGGCUGUGGCUGUGGUUUGUUCUUGUUUGAGGUUAUGUAAAGUUUUGAAUGUUCCAAUGUUGAAGUUGAAAUUUUUGAAAUUUGAAUAUUGGAUUUUGGUUUGCGUUCAUAACGUUUAAUUUGUUGAUUAAUAUUCUAGGGUGGGUGUAAAAAUAGAAAAAUCAAAUAGUAUUAUUAUUUACCACUAUUUAUUUCUCUAUAGUGUAAGUGAUAAAUGAUAGUAAGUUGAAAAAUUGUAAAAAAUUGAUUUUAUAACACUUUUAUUCUGUCUCGUAAAAUGUCUGACAAAGCGGCUGAAUUAAGUCUCCAGAUUCUUAUCAACAAAAGUAAAACACUGCAAAAUUAUAAUAUUGUAACAAUUGAGGGUACGGUUGACACUGGAUUUGAAGGAGUUGCACUCGAAGAAUGCAUUGAAAUAUUUGGGAGUGAAGUGGAAUGCUGUCGCAGUAGAGGCAGAAUUUUUUUUAACAUUGUGUCAAAUACUGCUAAUAUUGAUAAAUUACGAAAAAUGCGAUCAGUUGAUAAUCUAUAUCAAAUUAUAAACGCCGAAAAUAUUGAGUUCGAUGGAAAAGACAAGGAUGCAGAUUUGUCAACAGUCAAGGACAUAGUCAACAGAUAUAAUUUCAAACAAGACAUUCUACUUUGGGCGGAACGUAUGAUGGCUUACAAUGGCAUCUGUUUCCCAACAAGCGAGCAGAGUCAGAAGGCAUUAGCAGUGAAUACAAUUUUAAAAGAAAAGGCGAGCAAGAAAGGAGGUGGAGGUGACACGAAAGUUGAAGAUUCGGAGUCUGCCGAUGGAUUGAAGAAAGAUAGUGAGGAGAUUGAUAUAGAUAAGAUGAAGAUCAGUGAAGAACUGCCUCAGAACAAAGAUGAGUUGGACCAGUAUUUGCGGGACAAUGAGUUAAAUGUCUUGAAGUUCAGAGCAACUUGCAACAGAGUUGGCAAACACUCGUUCUCAUCGAUGGAGGCGGCUAGAGACUUUGGAGGCCAGUUGCAUGACAAUUACAUGUGGCUGGUUGAUCUUAAGUAUUACGACUUGGAAGUUGUCUUGAACAUUUGUGACAAGGAGGUCUACAUUGGAUUGGCGCUGACUAGAGAGUCGAUGCACAAGAGGAACAUCACUCACUUUGGCCCGACCACCCUUCGCGCCACCCUCUGCUACAAUCUGCUGCGCUUGGCUCGGCCUCAGCCCGGUGAUUUGGUCGUCGAUCCUCUCUGUGGAGGCGGCUCUAUUCCUUUUGAAUGUAGUCUGGCUUUCCCUUAUGUGUUCAACAUUUGCGGCGAUAACCAUGAGAAGGCAGUGAAUAGAACGCUGUGCAAUUUGACCAGUCUGGAAAGUGUGUACAAUAAGCCGUUGCCACUCGACGUUUUCCAAUGGGACGCUGCUAGGCUUCCUCUUAGAAGCGCUUCAGUCGAUAUAUUCACUACAGAUCUGCCAUUUGGAAAAAGAAGUGGCAGAAAAAUAGACAAUGUGCCUCUGUACAGAAGAGUGCUCAAUGAGUUGACAAGAGUUGUCAGGCUGGAAAGUGGCCGAGCAGUUUUGAUGACUCAUGACCGCAAAGCAUUUACUAAGGUUUUGUCGAACUUUUCUCAGUACUGGACCAAUCCACAUAGAAUCGGUAUCAAUUUGGGUGGUCUCGAUGCAGCCGUUUUUGUGUUGAGAAGAACUGCUAAAAUGAUUUGAACAAUUGAGUUUACAUUCCGUAUACUCCACUGCUAUAUGUUUGUGCAGUAGGCCUACCUCCAGUUUGGACGUUGCAUUUAUUUUUUGUUGACCAAUUGCGGACAAUUUCUUUAUAAGUGAGUUUUAUUUUCGUUACUCCAGGAUGGACAUUAAUAACUUUCUAUCAUUUGUUAAUGCUUUCUAUUUAUUUUAUGCAUAGCAUAGAUAUGAUUGCUUGGUAUAAGGUAUGAUGAAUAAAACUUGAUACUUCAAUAAAGUUA